AUGGGAGUCCCCCAGCUCGUGUCUGUUACUCUAGCACUUCCAGAUCAUAUCAAAGCGUUAUCGCAUGUUGUUAUUCGCAUAAAUGAAUUAAUUAUGCCUGAAACCAUCGAUGCGGCUGUCUACAACGAUUGCCAAUACAUUAUCCACACCCACGGCGCAACACGAAAGUGGACAACAAAAGCGAUGGAUGGAGCGGCAGCUCGAGGACGUCUCGAUUUAGUAAAGUGGCUGUCUGUUGUUCGAAAUGAAGGGUGUUCAAUCGCCGCACUUGAUGGAGCAACAAGAAAUGGGCACUUGAAAUUAGUGCGGUGGCUUUGCCAUCAUUACAUAAACAGAUGUUCAAGUGGGGCACUCAACAUGGCCGCGAAAAAUGGCCACUUUGAGGUUGUAAAGUGGCUAUGCCGUCGGAAUCGGUCUCAAAAUGAUUCAAUCCCAUACGUUGUUACUUAUGGCGUUCAAGCUGUUGCUUCUGCUGGAGACACGACCACUUUACGAGCUCUUUUACGUGAGAACUGUAGCUGGUUCUAUGUGGGACGCGCUCUGGAAGAUGCCGCAUCAAAAGGGCUGAUUGAUGUGGUAAAACUCCUCUUGACUGUGAAACUUCGUCAAGCGAAUGUCAGCCGCGCGCUAAAGAAUGCAGUGAUUGCAGGACAAUAUCAAGUGGUUAAACUCCUUGCUGACCUUUGCUCCUCUGCUGAGUUACGAGCUGCAUAUCCUAAUAUGACUACGGGAGGUAAUGUCAAGAUUGCAGAUCUCUUGCGGAAAACUGUUGAAGGAAGAGACGUUGAAGAAAAAUGGGGAUAUUUUCGGACUCAACACAAAACACUGGAACGGAUGAAAGCGUCUCGGAAUAUUCUAAAAGCUCAAGAUAAAGCUGUUUCGUUCUGUGGACUUCUUCGAUCAUGGUGA